UGGGAAUUUCUAAGGAAUUGAGUAAUGGCAGUUCAGACAAUAAUCAGUAUAAUCAAGACUUUUGGAAUUUCUGUUUUGUGUCUGAGUAUCGGCGUGAUAUCUGCAUCAAUACCCUCAGCCGGAUUACAGGAUAACAAAACCGAGUUCGCAGCCCUUUUUGGUGGCCGAUAUGCUAGACUCGGGCAAUUCCCAUGGAUGGCUGUGAUACAUCAGUUGAUAACGAAACGCGAUAUUGCGAUGUGCAGUGGAAGUGUUAUAUCAGAGAGAUGGAUUCUCACUGCUGGUCAUUGUAUAGCUAACAAUCCACAAAGGUUCCUGGUCGUCCUUGGAGACGUUGACAAGAGGAAUAUCGUUGGUACCAGGUACGAAGGCCCAGGGGUUGCGAUGAUAACGAAGAAAUCAGUGCUUCAUCCACAGUAUGAAGAAUUUGUAUGUGACAUUGGAUUGCUUUACAUGCCACGAGAUAUUAAAUUUGGGGGUAAUAUCCAACAAAUCGCAUUAGCAGGGAGCAGUUAUCUGUAUAAAUCAGUUGUGGGAAGGAAAGCAUUAAUCGCUGGCUGGGGCCAAACUGGAUCACACAAGUCAUUACCAAAAUUGAAAUGGGGUGAAUUACAAAUAAUGAGCAAUGAGGAUUGCUCCGCCUUCUGGGAUGUGGAUGACGAACAUUUUUGCACAGAGGCGAUGAUGAAGACUGAUACCUGCAGUGGAGACAGUGGAAGUCCUCUGAUGCUGGGAACUAAUGACGAUCCAAUUGUCAUUGGCGUUGUCAGUUAUGGAGAUAGAUUUUGUCCGAGUUCAGCUCCCGGUGUUUUCACGCGAGUGUCGUCAUAUAUAGGAUGGAUAAGAAAGGUUACAAGGAAAAGACUUUAAGCACCUGGACCACCUUUUAUUCCUUAUAUUCCUCAGAAAUUGACUCAUUAAGAGAUUGACUGACAUUUACUGUACGAAGUACAAAAAAAAAUAGACAAAUCUAGUACAUUCGCUAGAUCAUUUUAUUGAAUUGUUGUCAGUUUUUGAAUGAGAUUAUUCUAUUGAAAUAUUUUAUGGAAAAAGUAAAUGAAAUUUGACGGUGUCAUACCAAUUAUGCUUUUUCUGUAAAUUCUGUAGAAUUUUCACAGCUCAAAUUGGAUUAGUUGUUUGACAGAUUUUUUUGAUGACAAAAUAAAAAUACCACAGUGAGUGAAAAAAUUAGUAAAUCAAAAUAA